AAUAUCCGCAAAGCGCAAGCAUAAUCAGACGAGUAGUUGCCUGCUGAAAUAUCCACACUAAUUUCAUAGUUUUAGAAUUUAGCAGUGAAAUUCAAACAUGGGGAAUGACCAGUCAUCUGAAAUUAAUGAUUUGAAGAGCAAUGCAAGACAAAUGAGGAGCGAUGCAAGAGAGAGGGAAGAAGCUUUAGAAGUAUGGACUCGAGAGCAAACUGAAGCUAGGGAAGAGAGGGAGAGAAAAGCAAGCGAAGAAAGGGAAAGAGAAGCUAUGGAACAACAGCUGAAAGAUGAUCGCCACAAAAGAGAAUUAGAAAAACUUGCGAAUCAAUUAAAGCAGAUGGAUAUCGACCGAAAGAAUAAGGAAGACAUACAAGCUAGGGCAGAAGAAAUAAAACUAAGAAAGGAAAAGGAAGAAGAAAUAAGAAUAAUAGAAGAAAGAAUGAGAAAGGAAAAAGAAGAGAAAAUAAGGAUCAGAGAAGAAAAGGAAAGACAAGAAAAAUUAAGAGCUGAAAUAGAAAAAAAAAGGAUGCAAAAUAUCGCAGAACUGCGCGCCGAAAUCGAGAAAAUUAAACCUGGCGGAUCAUUUGAGUUUCCUGAUGACGAUAUUAAAUUUCCAAAACGCCUUAACAUAGGUCUGUAUGGGGCAACUGGGAUAGGUAAAACGUCCUUGAUGAACUCUUUGAAAUUCGCAGUAAAAGGUGAGUUGAAAGAAACUCACCGAGAGCAAGCCGCGCCAGACGAUUUUGAGGGUGGUCACACUACUCGACGAAUGGCAGUGAGGGUCACACGAUACCUGACGUUUGUGGACAAUCGAGGUAUAGGGGCGGAAGACAUUGUGAAGGAAGGUGCUGCAGAUGAACUCAUAAUUCAAUUAGAGGGAAAGCGCUCGUUUGCUAGUGAAGUGGAGUGGGGUAAAUCAUCACGUCCAGAUGACUUGGAGGUGGAUGAAACAAAGAAGAUAUACUGCACUGUUCUUGUUUUUAGUGCUAGGAGCGUUACAGCAGUCCAUACAAUUAUCGGGAAAUUCGUGGAACGUCUUCUGAAGUGGCAAGGACGUUUCCCGCUUGCCGUAAUCACUCACGUGGAUGAUGCUACUCCAGAACAACUCGACAAUAUGCGCCUUGCGCUCAGGAUGGCUGGGAUAGUUGAUGUCUAUGAAGUCGCCAAUAUCACGAACGAGAAGAAGGAUUUGGAACCUGUGUACCAAGAGAAUCUCCUCAAACUGUUGCACAAAUGCGUCAAAGAUGGUGAUCGCAUAUUUGAGUUGCGCCAUGAGAUCGAAUUAGAAGAAGAGAAAAGAGUAACGAGGAAGAACAAGUUAGCCAAUUAGGCACAACUUCUAAACAAAAAUGUCACGUACGCCUACAACCGCAAAGGCUAAGAUAUAUUCACUGUGAUAACAACACAUAUUUGGCUUAAUAUUACUGAAUAUUGUAAGAUAUACUGUUGACUUUUUAAGUCUUUUAUUACAGCUUAAUACAUCUUAUAAUGAAGUCUUUUAUUACAGCUUAACAUAUCUUUAUUUCAGAAAUGUAUAUUUCAUACCAAUACAUGUUUUAAUGAAAAGAUGAUUGGUAUUACAACAUCGGAAAAUCGCGUUAAAAGGAGUCAUACUGAAACUUUUCGUCUUACACUCAUCAGAGUAAAAUGCAAGAAUAAACAGAAAACAGAAAUCGAACAAUAUAAACGGAAACUAAAAGUUACAACGCGCAAAAUAUAACGAGCUCUUAUUUGCUGUCUUAGGUAACGGUAAAAUAUGCUUCUGGCCAGCCGGUAAUUACGGGAUAAUCGCUAAAAUAAUAAGAGCGUCCGAACAAAUUCUUUCUGUCUGCAUAGAAGAGG